AAAGCCCAAUGUUUUGUCGCGACACCCGAUGACAGAUCAUAAUGAUAUCCUUGCACAAAAUGCUGAAACAGAAGGGCACUGGCCCACCAAAGAAAGAACCAGAUGUGGAAAUCAAGAGAAUGUCAAUUCGGGAUAAAUUACUUGUAAAGGAAGUACAAGAGAUGGAAGACAACCUCCCACGGACGUGUCGGCUGAGUUUUGAAGACAUCAAUCAGCUGUCAAAGUUCCACUUGACAAUAACACCUGAGGAAGGUUACUGGGAAGGGGGCCGAUUUAAAUUUCUCAUCGAUGUUCCAGACGAUUAUAAUAUUGUGCCUCCCAGGGUGUACUGUACCACAAGGAUAUGGCAUCCCAAUAUAGAUGAGAAUGGAGAAGUCUGUCUGAGCCUCUUGAGACAAAACUCAUUAGAUAGUACGGGCUGGUUCCCAACAAGACAGCUGAAAGAUGUGGUGUGGGGUUUAAAUUCACUAUUUACUGAUCUAUUAAACUUUGAUGACCCUUUAAAUGUAGAAGCAGCAGAGCAUUACGAACGUGAUAAGGAUUCCUUUAGGUCAAGGGUGAAGGAAUAUAUUCAGAUGUAUGCCAAAAGAUAGCAGCUCUUUCACAGACAGUAGAUUGUGUUUAUUAUUGUAUUCGAGACAUUUUAACUUGUAUCAUGUAGAAGGUUUAGCCAGCUUGAUGGAGGAAACCUGUGUGUUGUGAAGAUACGAUAGAAAGACACAGCAGUUUCUAAGUGGAUGUGAUAUGUUACUUGUGGGAUGAUGGUUUAUGUAUGUACAUUCUGCGACAUGUGUGUGUGAGUGGCACUGUCUUCAUUAGCUAGGAGGGUGUUCUCUAAAACGAUGCUGUGCAUCAGGUUUGUAGGAUAUAUUCCACUUCUCAUUGCUUCACCAUUUGGGCUCAGAAAAGGGAUAUCAAGCCAGAUGUAGUACUUGACAGGAACAUGCAUUUGAUUGUCAAAGAUGUUCUUGUGCUGAGGAUGUGUCCAUGCUUGACAAGUAUGAGCUGUUUGAACAUUACAUACCUGUGCUUGACAAGGAUGUGUUCAUGCUUCACCAGGACGUGCCUGUGCUUGACAAGG